ACUGGCUGUCACACAGCAGCGGUUCCAGCACGAGAGAGCAACGGCAAUAAUCCGCUUUCCACGGCGGUCCCCCCCCACACUGCUCCGUGUACAUCCCCGCAGACAUGGCUGUGGAUGUGUCGAUGCCUCCCACCCUCUAGCUGUGCGCCCCCCGUGCUGCCCCCGGCCCGUGGCCCGUCCCGCUGCCGACCUGAAAGCUGUUGUUAGUGCUUUUUUUUUUUGUGUGUGUGUGUGUGUUUUUUUUUUAACCCAACGCCGUGUAGCAGAGAGGGGGGCAGAAGAGACGGAGCGGCGGAGACAGGCACGGCGCCGUCGUGGUAGAGGAAAGGGCCGUUGCAGGAUACCGGGCAACUGGAGCGGCUUUUUGUGCGCGCUCCAUCAUGGCCAGCGACUCUCCGGCUCGGAGUCUGGACGAAAUCGACCUGUCCGCUCUGAGGGAUCCUGCUGGAAUCUUUGAGCUGGUUGAGCUGGUGGGAAAUGGCACCUAUGGGCAGGUGUACAAGGGGCGCCAUGUUAAGACAGGCCAACUGGCAGCCAUCAAGGUCAUGGAUGUCACCGGGGAUGAGGAAGAGGAGAUUAAAGCAGAAAUUAACAUGCUGAAGAAAUACAGUCACCAUCGGAACAUCGCCACCUACUAUGGAGCGUUCAUCAAGAAGAACCCCCCGGGCAUAGAUGACCAGCUAUGGCUCGUCAUGGAAUUCUGUGGAGCCGGCUCGGUGACCGACUUGAUCAAGAACACAAAGGGAAACUCUCUGAAAGAGGAGUGGACUGCUUACAUCUGCCGGGAGAUUCUCAGGGGUCUGACUCAUCUCCAUCAGCACAAGGUCAUCCACAGAGACAUCAAGGGACAGAACGUCCUGCUGACUGAGAACGCAGAGGUCAAACUAGUGGACUUUGGCGUGUCAGCCCAGUUGGACAGAACCGUGGGGAGGAGGAACACGUUCAUCGGGACGCCGUACUGGAUGGCGCCGGAGGUCAUCGCCUGCGACGAGAACCCCGAGGCCACGUAUGACUUCAAGAGCGAUUUAUGGUCCCUGGGAAUCACAGCAAUAGAGAUGGCUGAAGGAGCACCACCGCUGUGCGAUAUGCACCCGAUGAGAGCCCUCUUCCUCAUCCCGCGCAAUCCCGCCCCCAGACUCAAGUCAAAGAAGUGGUCCAAGAAGUUCCAGUCGUUCAUAGAGAGCUGUCUGGUCAAGAGCCACAGCCAGCGACCCAGCACCGAGCAGCUCCUCAAACACCCGUUCAUCAGAGAGCUGCCCAACGAGAGGCAGAUCCGCAUCCAGCUGAAGGACCACAUCGACCGCACCAAGAAGAAGAGAGGAGAGAGGGAUGAGACAGAGUACGAGUACAGCGGCAGCGAAGAGGAGGAUGAAGAAAGGGAAAUGGGUGAACCAAGCUCCAUCAUCAACGUCCCCGGAGAGUCGACCCUGAGGCGGGACUUCCUGCGCCUGCAGCUGGCCAAUAAGGAGCGAUCGGAAGCGCAGCGGCGCCAGCAGCAGCAGCAGCUGGAGCAGCAGCAGAAUGAGGAGCACAAGCGCCUGCUGUUGGCUGAGAGACAGAAACGCAUCGAGGAACAGAAGGAGCAGAGAAGGCGGCUGGAGGAGCAGCAGCAGCGAGAGCGAGAGCUCAGGAAGCAGCAUGAGAGGGAACAGAGGAGGCGCUAUGAGGAAAUGGAGCAGCUCCGUAGAGAGGAGGAGAGGAGGCAUUCGGAGAGAGAACAGGAGUAUAUUCGUAGACAGCUGGAAGAGGAACAGAGGCAGUUAGAGAUUCUCCAGCAGCAGCUACUACAAGAACAGGCGUUACUGAUGGAGUACAAACGUAAGCAGAUAGAGGAGCAGCGGCAGGCAGAGCGGCUGCAGAGGCAACUCCAGCAGGAGAGAGCCUACCUCGUGUCUCUACAGCAGCAGCAGCAGCAGGAGGGAAGGCAGGCAGAGAAGAAACCGCUUUACCACUACAAAGACAUCAACAAUCCUAGUGACAAACCUGCCUGGGCUAAAGAAGUGGAGGAGCGAUCUAAGCUGAACAGACAGAGCUCCCCAGCAAUGCAGCACAAAGUGGCCAACCGUAUCUCCGACCCCUCCCUCCCUCCCCGCUCCGAGUCCUUCAGCAGUGUGGGCAUGCAGCCCGCCCGCACCCCACCCACCCACCGCUCCAUCGAACCACAGAUGGCCCACCUUAUUCCAGUGAAGACCCACUCCGCCUCUAUGUCCGGCUCGCAGUCUCUGCAGGACCAGACGGGCUCGGCUCUGAGUGAGGGGCUCAGCGUGGGCUCCCCCAGGCCCGAGAUGCCCCGGCAGAACUCAGACCCCACUUCUGACACCCCCGGGCCGCCGCAGCGCACCGCGGGCAGAGAUGAGCGUGAACGGGAUAGAGACAAGGAUCGGGACAGGACCGCCUGGCUGAGAGAGGAGGACCUCCCACCCAAGGUCCCUCAGAGAACCACUUCCAUCUCCCCAGCCCUGGUCAGGAAGAACUCCCCUAAUGGAGGAGUGGGCCUGGGACCUCGCACAGCUUCUCACCUCAUACGGGCCAGUAACCCAGACCUGCGGCGCUCCGAGCUCUCGCUGGACGCCAUGCUGCAAAGAACUUCGUCCAACUCAUCAUCCUCGUCCUCCCCUUCGUCUCAGGGAGGCUCAGCCGAGAGGAGAGGUCAAGUCAAAUCGGAUGAAUCCCCUCCAGGACCCAAUCAGGAGGCAAAGUCCAAACAGGAGGAGGGCCGUGAAUCCGCCAGACCCAGCAGACCUGCAAGCUAUAAGAAAGCCAUAGAUGAGGAGGAGCUGGACCUAAGUGCAUUGGCUAAGGAACUGAGAGAAUUGAGGGUGGAGGAGGGCAGCAGACCCCCAGUCAAGGUGACAGACUACUCGUCCUCGAGUGAAGGUUCAGAGAGCAGCGAUGAGGACGGGGAGACAGUGGGACACGAUGGGACCGUUGCUGUUAGCGACAUCCCCCGCAUCAUGCCAGCAGCGAAAAGCAGCGGUGAGACGUAUGGAGGGCUGACAGAGGACUCUCUGGGAGAUGCCUAUAAUAGCUCCAAGGAUGGCACUCUAGUGAUGAGAGAGGCAGAGGAGAGGAGGAGAGGGAGCCACAGCGAGAGUAAUGGGUUCGGGAAUCACAGUAACCACGGUAACCUCCCUGACCUGGUGCAGCAGAGCAACUCUCCCUCAGCAACACCCGCCUCAGCUUUGCAGGAACUGGGCAACAUGGCUGAGUUCGGUCUGGGUGGGUCCAAAUCAUCCUUCACCCCAUUCGUUGAUCCCCGUGUCUAUCAAACCUCCCCGAGUGAAAACGAUGACGAAACGUCCCCCGAAGCCAUGUUCUCCAGCGAGCUGCUGAGGCAGGAGCAGGCCAGACUAAACGAAGCCCGAAAGAUCUCGGUGGUCAACGUCAACCCCACUAACAUCCGACCCCACAGCGACACGCCGGAGAUCCGCAAAUACAAGAAACGCUUCAACUCGGAGAUCCUGUGUGCUGCACUCUGGGGCGUGAACCUGCUGGUGGGGACAGAGAACGGUCUCAUGCUACUAGACCGAAGUGGACAGGGAAAAGUCUAUAACCUGAUCACCAGGCGGCGCUUCCUGCAGAUGGACGUGCUGGAGGGGCUCAAUGUGCUGGUCACCAUAUCUGGGAAAAAGAAUAAGUUGCGUGUCUACUACUUGUCCUGGCUGAGGAACAGAAUAUUACACAACGACCCAGAAGUCGAGAAGAAGCAGGGCUGGAUUACAGUUGGGGAGCUGGAGGGCUGUGUGCAUUAUAAAGUUGUCAAAUACGAGAGGAUUAAGUUCCUUGUGAUUGCGCUAAAGAACUCUGUGGAAAUCUAUGCCUGGGCUCCUAAACCCUACCACAAGUUCAUGGCCUUCAAGUCCUUCACCGAGCUGCAGCACCGUCCCCAGCUGGUUGACCUGACGGUGGAGGAAGGUCAGAGGUUAAAGGUCAUCUACGGCUCCAGCGUGGGCUUCCAUGUCAUUGACGUGGACUCGGGCAACCCUUACGACAUCUACAUCCCCUCGCAUUGUGCCAAACCGAUGAAGAUCCAGAGCCAGGUGACGCCCCAUGCCAUCGUGGUGCUCCCUAAAACUGAUGGAAUGGAGAUGCUGCUGUGUUACGAGGACGAGGGCGUCUACGUCAACACCUACGGGCGGAUCACCAAGGACGUGGUGCUACAGUGGGGAGAGAUGCCUACCUCCGUUGCCUACAUCCACUCAAAUCAAAUCAUGGGCUGGGGGGAGAAAGCCAUAGAGAUCCGCUCUGUAGAGACCGGUCAUCUGGAUGGAGUCUUUAUGCACAAGAGAGCCCAGAGACUCAAAUUCCUUUGUGAGCGCAACGACAAGGUAUUCUUUGCUUCGGUGCGCUCAGGAGGAAGCAGCCAGGUGUUCUUCAUGACCCUCAACAGAAGCUCUAUGAUGAACUGGUGAGGGCUCUUCCCACGCUCCGCCCCGCCCCGCCUCACCCUCCCGUCGGCCCGCCCGGCCUCACGCCUCCGGCCCGCGGCACCUCUCACAAAACCGGACCGGAUCACAAGUGAACUAUUAACACUCGAGAGACUAAAAACCGCGUAGGACAAGAGUAAAAAAAUUAGCGUAGGAAAAAAAAAAAAAGGAGGAGAUCUUUUCUAAGCGAAGAGCCACGGCGCCCUGGAUCACGUUGGGUCACGCAGAAGCCGCCGUCUCUCAACUGACUGGCGAACUGGUGCCACUGACUUUCCAAAUAUUCUCUUCCUCUGUCUGUAACUGCAUUCAAGUGUUGAAAGCUGUAGAAAUGCACCCUGCCUCCACCUAUCUCUGCUCUUCUUCCCUUAGCCCCACCCGUCCUUAAUCCUCUACUACUUCCUGGUGGAUCUUGUCAUCACUCUUUUAAAUUCUUUGACAGCCCCCGUGCUCCGUUUUCCUCCCUUCCAGUCGGCCAUAUGUGGGCUUCUUAAUGGAGAUCUUACACCUCGGAGGUGAAAGGAAAAGCUGAAUAUGAUUUUAAUAUAAAUUCUAAUUUUUACAUUCAGAGAUGACAGGGCCGCUGAGGGAUGACAGGUCCAUUCUGGGUGUCGGCAGGGAAAGCAGAGAGCCUGAUUGAUGUUUUCAUUCUUCUUCGUCAACUCCCCUUCACCUGCUCCACUUCCUCUUCUCGCCUUCAUUUCGGGUCCCGGGUAAACUGAAUUGUGAUUAUUGUUGGAUCGCAUUUUGCUGAUGGAGCCGCGUUGAGACAAUCCGCUGUCACAGGUGGGGCGUCACAGUAUGCAAAGAUGGUGUCUGUGUCCCUUUAAAACAAAAUCACUGGCCCGUCGUUUCGCCGCCAUCUCCCUCUUUUCACUCUCACGUCUUUAAACUCUGAAGGUGCUGCAUCAGAUAUACUGUAAUAUUAAAUAUGAGAGCGUCAUUCGCUUCAGUCUUUUUUCUUUUUUUCCUGUUUUCUUUUUCUGUGACCGAGUCAGUCGGUCUUUGAAGUGUGACGAAAUGUACAGCACAUCCGUGUUUCUGAAAUCAGGAGGGUAUGUUAAUGUGUGUGUGUGUGUGUGUGUGUUUGACUUGGUGUUGAAAUGAGUCCCAUUCCAAUCAAAGUGGUACAUUAAAAUCAAUGUCCAAAAAAAAAAGGAGUCACGUAAUUCAGUCUCUGUGCGUGAACUUUUAGUUGAAUGCGAUCAAAGCAGCGUUGAGUGUGUUUACCUGCAGAUUUAUAAUAUUGUCUUUAGUAUGAACUUUAUGAGUUGGUGUGUCUGAACGUCAAGCAUUUAAAGAUUUGCAAUAUAAGCGGUCGGUCUUUGUUUUUAGUUUUUUUAAAGUAUUUUGCUUUUUCCACAGUAUUUUUUGGGCUGUUCACAAAUGCAGCCAUGCUGCUGUGAGGGAUAUAAAGACACUUAUCCUGAAUUAAACCUCACCAGAACAUGAGCUGCAAUCCCAAAUACUGUAUGCAUGUGAAACAUCUCAUUUUCGAAAGCUGUGGUGUCUUUUUGAAUCAUGCUCUUCCCUGAUUGGUUCUUCUGAAUUUCGUCUCCUUCCUGUUUGUAUAGUGCCUAGCAUGAUGUAAGCAAAACAAAAGUGGAGGUCAAAAGACUAUUGUUCAUUAAUACUUUUUUCUUUAUGGUUAAUUGACACAGUUUUUAUUCAUGUUUGUGUUAUUAUUUCCCUAACACAUUUCUGAUAUAGGUUAAUAUAGGCCUGCCAUGUUGGCCUGUGGUUAACAAACGAAAGGUCACAACAUUGACUCACUGAAUUACAACGAAUUUUUUUCUGUCAAAUUUGAAAUUUCGUUUUUAAUCGAUUUCACAUUUUCAAGGACUUUGAACACGUCCACUCAGUAGCUGCUCCUGCACAGCUGCAAGUAAGGAUCACAGAUCUCUGUUAGGGGCAAGCAGGCUAACAUUUUAGCAAUAAAGAGCGGAGCUGAAGAAAACCACUGUCUUCCCUGUGCGUGUGGCAUGCAAUUGUGUGUAUGAUUAAUGAGAAAGUGUGAAUGGGGCACUAUUAUUAUUGUUAUUAUUAUGUUUUUUCCAUCACAGAAUUCCCUCUUCCCAUUGGGAAAGGCUGACGGUCAUUACACUGAGGACUCUCCUUUCAAAGACGAAACCACUGUAUUCUUAAUUAGGUCUAUUUCUUGUUUUCUUCAUUUUGAAAGAGCAUUACUAAUGUCCUGUUUGGAGAUUUACUUGUUUUGUAAAAGAGCCACUGUAAGAGAGAAAUAAAAAAAACUAGCGCUUAA